GACCGACAGUUCCGUGGGGACUCGUCAGCAGCCCCUGAGGACUCGCAAAAGAACCCGGUGCGACUCUUGUCCUUGGGCUGGGUGCCAUGGACGCCUUCAUCCGCUUCACCAACCAGACCCAGGGCCGGGACCGUCUCUUCAGAGCCACUCAGUACACAUGCAUGUUGCUUAGAUAUUUGUUAGAGCCUAAAGCUGACAAACAGGAAGUUGUUAUGAAGCUCAAGAAACUGGAGUCCAGUGUGAGCACUGGCCGUAAAUGGUUCAGACUAGGCAAUGUGGUACAUGCUGUACAGAUGAUUCAGCAGAGCAUUCAUGCCACUGACCUAGUGCCCCGCAUCUGCCUAAUAUUAGCCAGCCUGAACCGUGUGAUUUAUUUCAUCUGUGACACCAUCCUUUUUGUGAGGAGUGUAGGGCUCGCCUCUGGCAUUAACAAAGAGAAAUGGCGAAUGUGGGCUGCACGCCAUUACUACUAUUCUCUUCUGCUGAGCCUGGUCAGGGAUCUGUAUGAAAUCUCCCUGCAGAUGGAACAGGUUGCACACGACAGAGCAAAGAAGGGGAAAUCAUCAUCCCAGGAUCCUCUUGUGUAUAGUGUGGCUGAUGAGGAAACAGAAUGGCUCCAGUCCUUUCUUCUUCUCUUAUUCCAAUCUCUGAAGAAGCAUCCUCCCUUGCUCCUGGACACAGUGAAGAACUUCUGUGAUAUCCUGAACCCUUUGGACCAGCUGGGGAUCUAUAAGUCCAAUCCUGGCAUCAUAGGCCUUGGAGGUCUCGUGUCCUCUAUAGCAGGCAUCAUCACUGUGGCGUAUCCUCAGAUGAAACUGAAGACCCGCUGAGGUGGUUUCAGGCUGAAGACUAGUACCUGCUUUGAAGACAACCUGUUAGUGAAAUGGACAUUUGCAUUAGGUACAGCCAUGUCAUACUGUGCUUACAGACUUAGUCACAUGAGCACUGAGUGGCCUGUGAUGUGAACAGAGGUGGGGCCAAGAACGGUGGAGGGAAGAUCAUGAAGGUUUAUGAGUUUUCUAGAGCACUGGAGUGACUUCUGAAUUUCUGAGUAUUUUUCCUUCAUCUAACAUUUAUCGAGCAUCUUUUAUGUGCAUAUUAGGAACUUAGUGUUGCUGAAUGGAUAAAAAUUAAGAGAAAAAUU